ACAAGGCCUGGAAGAUGGCGACGUAUGUGGAGGCCGUCCGAGGCUCUCACAGCAUGGACAAAAGCAUCACACUCCCACCGGACGAAAUUUUUCGCAAUUUGGAAAAUGCCAAGAGGUUCGCAAUAGAUAUAGGUGGUUCUUUGACAAAGCUUGCUUAUUACUCCACCGUUCAGCACAAAGUUGCCAAAGUAAGGUCCUUUGACCAUGCAGCGAAGGUAAGCUUUCAGCAAGAGAGUGAUGGAGAGCCUCUGUAUGAGAUCUCGGUGCAGGAGGAGAUUACAGCUCGUCUUCAUUUCAUCAAGUUUGAGAAUACGUACAUCGAAACUUGCCUGGAUUUCAUUAAAGACCACCUGGUCAACACAGAAACCAAAGUCAUCAAAGCCACAGGCGGAGGGGCUUACAAGUUUAAAGACCUAAUUGAGAAAAAGCUAAAACUUAAGGUGGAUAAAGAGGACGAGAUGUCUUGCCUUAUCAAGGGCUGUAAUUUUGUGCUGAAGAAUAUCCCUCAUGAGGUUUUUGUGUACGCAAAGCAUGGAGACUCUGAGUUCCGCUUCCAAAAUACACACCCAGACAUCUUCCCCUAUCUGCUGGUUAACAUCGGCUCCGGGGUUUCGAUAGUGAAGGUUGAAGCGGAGGACAGGUUUGAGCGCAUUGGUGGAAGCUCUAUUGGUGGUGGGACAUUUUGGGGUCUUGGAGCUUUGCUCACUAAAACCAAGAGAUUUGAUGAGCUUUUGCAGUUGGCCUCCAGAGGGCAGCACACCAGUGUGGACAUGCUGGUUAAAGACAUCUAUGGAGGUGCAUAUGGAUGCUUAGGACUGACUGGUGACCUCAUAGCAAGCAGCUUUGGGAAGUCUGCCACAGCAGAGAAAGAGUUCUCCAAAGAGGACAUGGCAAAGAGCCUGCUGCACAUGAUCAGUAAUGAUAUCGGGCAGCUGGCUUGCCUGUACGCCAGGCUACACAACCUCAGCAGGGUGUACUUCGGCGGGUUCUUCAUUCGCGGACACCCAGUCACCAUGCACACCAUCACCUACAGCAUCAACUACUUCACCAAGGGAGAGGUGCAAGCCUUGUUUCUAAGACACGAGGGCUAUUUGGGUGCCAUCGGCGCCUUUCUCAAGGGUGCAGAAGAAGACAAUCCAAAUCAGUACUGCUGGGGGGAGAACUAUGCUGGCAGCUCCGGGCUCCUGAGCGUGUCACCCGAGCUGAAUCCCAUGCAGCGGGAACGCAGUGGAACAUUUCUUUUCGACAUGCUGGAGAUGGACCGUCUGGAGCGGCAGCUGGUCAACCUGCCCUUGCUCCAGGACUCCUCCUCCUACAUCCCAGACACGGUGGACCUGACGGAGGACACCCUGGCUAGAGAGUACUGGCUCUGCUGCUUUGAGGAGGCGCUGGAUGGGGUGGUGAAGAGAGCUAUAGCCAGCCAGAAAGACCAGCCGGAGGCAGCCGAGAGGGCCGAGAAGUUCAGGCAGAAGUAUCGAGACAAGCUGCAGACGCUGCGGCACCAGCCCUUUGCUUAUGGAUCCCUUACUGUUCGAAGUCUGCUGGACACACGAGAACAUUGUUUGAAUGAAUUUAACUUUCCUGACCCCUAUUCUAAGAUCAAGCAGAAGGAGAACGACCUGGCGCUGAAGUCUUAUCAGAGGGUCCUGAAGACCCUGGAGGAGCUGAGCUGGGAGCAGAGGCAAAUCGCUUUGGUCCGAGGCCUUCUGGCCGGUAACGUGUUCGACUGGGGAGCGAAGGCCGUGUCUGACGUGCUUGAGUCAGAUCCGGAGUUUGGCUUCGAAAAGGCAAAACAGCAGUUGCAAGAGCGACCCUGGCUCGUCGAUACCUACAACCAGUGGAUUGAGAGGUUGAAGGGUCCCCCUCAUAAAUGUGCGUUGUUUUUCGUAGAUAAUAGUGGGAUGGACAUAAUUCUGGGAGUUUUCCCUUUUGUGAGAGAACUCCUCAGCAGAGGAACAGAGGUUGUUCUCGCCAGCAACUCGGGCCCUGCUCUGAACGACGUGACUAACGGAGAGCUCCAGAUCCUCACUGAGAGAAUAGCAGCCAUGGAUCCAGCCAUUCAGGCCAGUCUGAGCGAGGACAGGCUAACGUUGGUUCAGAGCGGCUCCAGUUCUCCCUGCUUAGACUUGAGUCGGCUGGACAAGGUCCUGGCCACGGUGGUGCGCGAGCGCGGCACGGACCUGGUGGUCAUUGAGGGCAUGGGUCGCGCCAUCCACACCAACUACUAUGCGGCUUUGAGCUGUGAGAGCCUGAAGCUGGCCGUCAUCAAGAACUCCUGGCUGGCCGACCGCCUUGGAGGCAAGAUCUUCAGUGUAGUCUUCAAGUAUGAGGUUCCUUCCAUAAUCCAGGGGCACCAUUAAAGGACUUUUUCUCAACUCGG